AUAGGAAAAGGAACAGCAGCCACUUUGUCUGCAAACAAACCCUUUACAGGCUGCUUCAGAAACAUAUCUUCACAGGACUCUGAACCGCCAGGAUGUAGAUGAAGAGACGGCCACAUGCGCACCAUCAAGAAGAGAAGAUGGCACUGGUUGUGGUUGGUGCACUUCUGUGCCUGUCCUGCUGGGUCUCUCUCUACUUUAUCUUGUGUAACAUUAACGGGUCCAGGAGCUCUGAGUGGAACUGUCGCCUGGUCACCCUGGUACAUGGCAUCCUGGCAGUCUGCAUCACAGCAUACAUAGGCUAUGUGGAUGGACCCUGGCCUUUCACUCAUCCAGGUACUAAGAACACUCCUCUGCAGAUAAGUGCCAUGGUGCUGAGCCUGGGCUACUUUAUUUUUGACAUGGCCUGGUGUGUGUACUUCCGUACAGAGGGACCCGUUAUGCUGGCCCACCACACCAUGAGCAUCCUGGGAAUCCUGUUGACCCUUUGGUUGGGGGAGUCUGGCAUCGAGGGCUGCGCGGUCCUCUUUGGCAGUGAAAUCACCAACCCCCUCCUGCAGGCACGCUGGUUCCUCAAACAGACGGGACAUUACGCGACGCUGCUGGGAGAAGUUGUGGACGUCCUGUUUGUGCUGCUGUUUGUGGUGAUGCGAAUCUUUGUGGGCGGCACAAUGCUGUACUGUGAGCUGAUCUCCCCAAGACCCAGAUUCUUUAUCAAGUGUGGGGGAGUGGCCAUGUACGCUCUGUCCUGGGUGUUUAUGGUGGACAUUGUUCGAUUUGCCAUUCGGAAGAGCAAGAGCUGGCACAAACAGCAGAGGGACCAACAAGAGAUAGUGGCAGCUAAUGGUCAUGAAGGGAAGAAGGACUGAUCGGCUUGUGCUUCUCUAAAGGAAAUCGAUUCACUUUAUGUCUGUGUUUUUCACUUUGGAUGCUCAAGGGAAAGUACAAAGAAAUCAGCUUUUUGUAUGUUAAACUGAGAUUAAAAAAAAGUCAAGUCAUAGAUUUCUGUAUCGAGACAUAUUCCACAGCGUCUGUCUGUAAGAUCCACACCUGUGCAUGUUGAAAAAAAUGCACAGGUGCAGUUAUUGCAGCAGAACACGUCCGAUUUUUUGUGUAAAAUGUACAGUUAACAAGCAACGCAGAUGUAGUUUAUGUCCGUAAAAACCAAAGCACUUUGUAUAAACACACGAACAGAUGUUGCAUUCAGUUGCAGUGAACUGUGGCCUAGUCACAUGUGGCGGUGUUGCUCCAGAGGAAAGCUCAAUGUUAGGAAAGAAACUGUUUACAUGUAGUGCCCGAGGUCCGUGGGACACAUUUUUAGUCAUAUCAAAAAGUUAGGAUUGGUUUACUCAGGGAGAUGAAGCCAUACCAGAAAGCUGGGGUGAAUUCUAGAGACAUGUGUGUGAUGUGUUUGAGUCCUUUGUUUCAUAUAGUUUAUAGUUAUUCCUCCAAGUUUUUCUGCCUGAAAUCCAACUCCAGAACCUGCCCAGAAUGCAUUUCAUUCAUUUUACUUUAAAAGUAUAAAGGGUUACAUGAAAAGGAACCUCUUAAUUACAUAGUUCUACCCUGGUAAUGCUAUUUGGAUUUGUAUGUAAAUUCUGAAUAUCUUCAAAAGUUCUUUGAAGCAUCUGACUUCACUGUAUCGACUGUGUGAACACAGACCUACAUGACUUACUUCAAUCGUUCAGAUAAAGUCAGACAAAAGAUCUGCACUCUGUACUGAUAGCGCCCAAUGAAUCUAAUUUAAUAGAGUCAUGUUUCAGUCGCACAGAGAUCUUGUCGACAGCUCAAUUAGAUUUAUUGUGAGCUAUCUAAACAGCGUGCUGAUCUUUUGUCUGAUUUCUGCUUCAGCUACAUUUUUUGGAUCCAGCAUUUUUAAGCGUUUUUGAGACGUACCUGCUCCACAGGUUGAUCUUGAUCUUUGAGACAAACGCACUGUACUGUCAGGACCAACCAGGUGGCCUCUGACUUAGGAGAGGAUGAAAACCUGUGCAAUCAUGCGUGCAGGAGUGUCUUUCACCCCUAAAAUGUCAGAUUUCUACAUUUCUACAUUACACAAACAUAGCAAAGGCUGGGCAAACGUUAUCACUGGUAGACGUUCAGUAAAAUCAUAUCAAGAUUAUAUAAUCAUAUCUUUUUAUUGUCUUACUAAUUUCUUGUUGUCAAUGUGGUAACUCCAAACAAACUGACAUGCAAAAAUAGUUAUUACUUUUUUUAUUUACAUGUGUGAAGAGCUUUGUCUGAGUUUUGAUAUUUUGCGUGAGAUUUUUGCCUACAUUUGCCAUAAUGUGAUAUUAAUUAUCGGAAAAAUAUUUGUCUUAAUAAUAUGGAUUUCAACCAUAUUGUCCAGACACAGCACAAAAGUGUAGGCGUUAUGUGUAGAGAACAUUAUGAUUCAGCCCUUUGCAUGAGUGGACUCGUUCCAUGCUGACAAAGUUACCAAACUACCAUCUUUAAUCUUUGUGCUCGGACUUUAUAUUGGUGUUCUUAUUAUCAUGAACACAUCUUGUUUGUCAUUUGAGUGCACGUGGAUUUCCGCAGUUACGUGCUAAAACACCUUUCAUCCUCUUGUUUUCCUGUUUGUCUUUGAUUGAAAUUUGUUGUGUUGCUCCAAUAGGUCUGUUUACCAACUGCCACCAUUAAGAAUCAUGUGAGCAUCACCAUUAUAUCGAAGACAGUACAUCUCUAACUGGUGUGUGCCUUAGUUAUCUGAAUGUACUUUCAUAUAUUUUUUUUGUUUGGUUGUUGUCUUGUGUUGUACUGUAAGCCCUCCAAUAUAAGUGCAGGAGUGAUGAGGAGCCAUUUUCAGUUUGGGGUUUAAUGAUUUGCCUUUGUAAUCCCUGCGUGAAGUCAAAUAAAGGUACGAUAGUUUGUUUGUA